CGCACGUCCUAGGAACUCUCUUGCUGUUUUGUUUUCUUGCACGUAUGUUUUUAUGCGGACAAUAAUAAUAGUCAAGAUCAAUGUAUGGUUGUUACAAUCAAGAUUCUUAGAAGAAAAGAUGGCUAGAUCGCUCAAGAAAUCAGUAAAGUUGAGUUUAAGACAUGUAAGGAUCCGUUCAUCAACAUCCAGUUUCAAACCUGGUUCUCGUUCCAUAGAGAGGGACCAAAGAAUCGAGUUUCUUGGAGGAGACAAUGGCGUUAGAGAAGAGGAAAACGAUGGUGACAGUAGUAGCGAGUAUGAAGAAUUUGAAGAGGAGGAAGGUGUAGAAGGAGAAGGAGAAAUAGAAAUAGAAGAAGAGGAACAAGAUGAUGAUGGAAAAAGCGUUGUAAGCGGUGGCAAAACUGAACGUGAAGAAGAGAUAAUAGAAGUGGAAGCGGUGGAAGCAGCAAAGGAGGAGAUCACUGAGGCAGGGAAUAGAGUGAUGGUGGUGGUGGAUAAAGUGGUUGCUUCAACUGGUGCUCUUGAAUGGGCUUUGAAGCACACAUUACAAUCACACGACUAUCUUUUCCUCUUAUAUUUCUCCAAACCCUUUAGAAAAGGAAAAAAGAAGAACCGGAAACGUGAAGUGAAGACCGAUGAACUCGUCCACACUCUAAAGAAACUCUGCCAAACAAAGCGACCAGGGAUAGAGGUAGAGAUAAGGAGACUAGAAGGAAAAGAGAAAGAGAAAGGAGAGAAGAUAGUGGAAGAAGCUAAAGAACAACAAGUGACUCUCUUAGUGGUUGGAGAAGAGAAGAAACCGCCGGUUUGGAGACUAGUGAAGCGUUGGGGAUGGAAGAAACGGCGUAGCCGAGCUGGAGUUCUCAAGUAUUGCCUAGAGAAGGCUUCAUGUAUGACCAUUGCUGUUAAACCAAAGAACCGUAAGCUUGGUGGUUACUUGAUCACUACCAAACGUCACAAGAACUUUUGGCUCUUGGCUUGAUUCACCUUAAGCCACUUUAGGCUGUUUUUUUUUCCCACUCUUUGCAUAUUGUUAUGUUCUUUUUUUGGUUUAUACAGUUUUGUCUUGUUCUUGUUUGAUUAACAGAGCUUUUUUUUUAAACCAAGUAGCAAGAUGCUUUAGAGACCAAUUGUGUUUGUAAUGAUUCUAUGAGACAAUAUUUAGUGAACUAUAAAGCAAGAAUUAAUUCUCUAGUUGUGAGGAUUAUAUUAAGAAAUUAUAACAAGAAAUUUUGAAUCUUUUUCUUUUAAAUCGUCUGCAAUCUAUUUGAUACGAUUACAUUAAGAAUAAAAAUAAAAUUUGAUAUCAUAAAUGCAAAAAUUAACCAAAAUGUUAAUUUUUCCAAAAAAAAA